UCAAUAGCCGGCUUGUGAACUGCGUCGAGCGAAAGGAUUUGGUAGCUUUCGGCGCUCCUGGAAAUUCAACAACCGUCAAAUGAUUUCCUCUUGAGCAAUUCUUUCGUUUGUUAAAACGCCGUCCACCGUGACGCCACCUGGCGCUUCCAGUCCCCUUUGACAGUUCGGUCUGCGCUUCUCAGGCUCCGACUUUGAAAAAGCCAACGAAGUUGGUGGCACGUAGAAUUAGCCGAGCUUGCUAUCGUGCUAGCUUGAGACAUGCCGAAUUUUUGCGCGGCGCCGAACUGCACGCGAAAGAGCACACAGUCGGAUUUGGCUUUUUUUCGCUUUCCGAGGGACCCCGAAAGAUGUCGUAUAUGGGUGGAGAACUGCCGCAGAGCAGACCUGGAGGCCAAAACCGCCGAUCAGUUGAACAAGCACUACAGAUUGUGUGCCAAACAUUUUGACCCGGCCCUGGUGUACAAAACAAGUCCCUACAGAACGGUGCUGAAAGAUACGGCCAUUCCCACAAUCUUCGAUCUGACCAGUCAUUUGGCAAAUCCUCACGUUAAACACCGCAAGCAGAUCAAGGAACUAACUGAGGAGGACCUAAGACGAAUCAAGGAAAGGAGGUUGGCAUCCUCUGCUGAGAAGUCCAAAACAGAAGCAGCCACCGAGGAUCCUAGUGAAGACGAGCCGCAGAUGUCCGCGGAGGAGAAGCAGCUGCGUGAUUACCUGCGCUCUCUUUUUGAGGUGGUCCUGAUGCUGGCCAAGCAGCGCAUCCCACUGGAAACUCUGAAACCCCUCGACAGCGGCAACGUGUCCAACAAUUUCCAAGCGCUGCUGGAGUACCGCAUGCACGCCGGAGACGAGGCUCUGAGGAAGCGCUUCGAGGCGAUGCCGGUGAACGCCCAGUUCCUCUCCUCGGUGCAACUGUCCCAGCUCCUGGAUGUGUGUGAGAACACGGUAAGAGAAGAGAUGCUGAUGGAGGCUAGGGAAGGCCGCUUCUUCUCGUUGGUCACCGACGACCUGGUGGACUUCGGCGGCGACAAGCACCUGCCGCUCUUCUUACGCUUCGUCAACCAGCACAACGUCCUGCGCGAGGAGUUUUUGGACUUUGUAUCUUUUGACGGCGACGAGCUUGCGCUGGUGGAGCGUCUAGAGGCGCAGCUGACGGAACGCUGGGGGCUUAGCAUGGAGGACUGCCGCGGGCAGGCACACAAGGUGACCGGGGCGUCGGCCACCAAGAUGAAGGCGGUGGCUGUGCUCCUGAUGGAGAAGUACCCGCUGGCCUUGCACAUGCCCUGCUCGCGCAUGGCGCUCAACAUCCACCUGGCCAACAGUCUGCCUUUCCCCAACGUGCAGGUGCUCAUGGAAACGUUCAGGAGGUUGGCCACUUUCUUCAAAAUAGCGCCGGCGCUGGCCCAGCUGGAGACAUGUAUCUCCGCUCACUAUCUGAAGAGCGACGAAAAGGCGGCGGGGCUCCGUCAGGCCUGCGGCGAUGGCUGGACCGAGCGACACAACGUUUUUGACGUUCUCCUCGACAUCCUGCCACCGCUCGUUUCCUGCUUGGACACCAUUCGCGACAACGUCGACGGCGCGUUCGAUGGCACCGCGGUGGCCAGUGCCUACUCUCUCGUGGAGACCCUCGCCGACUUUGAGAUGGUGAUGACCGCCGUGGUCCUGAGGAGCGUCCUCACCUUCACCCGAGCGUUCGGGCGGAACCUCCAGGGCGAAACGCUGGAUGCCUUCUGUGCCGCCAAUAGCCUCACCGCUGUCAUGCACUCGCUCACCGAGGUCAACGACAACAUCGAUGUGUACCACGAGUUCUGGUUUGAGGAGGCCGUAAAUGUGGCCACGUCCAUGGAGAUCCCUGUGGGGGUUCCCCGACUCUUCGUUCAGAGGCAGCGUGCCGCCGAGAUGGGUGAGAUCCAACCGGAGGCCUACUACCGUGAGUAUGUCACGCUGCCGAUUAUCCACAGCGUCAUGCAGGAAGUGGAGGAGAUGUUCUCCGAGGUCAACCUCAAAGUUCUCAAAUGCUUGUCGCUGGUGCCCGCCAUCAUGGGCCAGAUGAAGUUCAACACCAGCGAAGAGAACUCGGCCGACGUUUACCGCGGCGACCUCCCCAGCCCCGACACGCUGCCGGCCGAGCUGCACUGUUGGCGCAUCAAAUGGAAGCACCGCGGCAAGGAGGUGCGCCUGCCCACCACUGUUCACGAGACGCUGCAGCUGCCCGACAUCAAGUUCUUCCCCAACGUCAACGCCUUCCUCAAGGUGCUCUCCACGCUGCCAGUGCUCAGGAUGGAAGAGAAUCAGGGCACAACAGCCGGCGAGCGGCUGCGGGCGUACUUGGACGCCGUGCCCGCAAAGCUGUGGAACCGCAGCCUCGCCGUGCUCAACGUCAACACCCACGUCAAGCCAGACUUGGACGUGAUGGUAGACAAGUACUGCAGACUUUACCCCGAGGAUGAUGCUGAGCUGGAAGCUGAGCCUGAAGAAGAGGACCCCAAAUAAAUACACCCAUUGUGUUUCUGCACUGUAGCUUUAGCGACAUGUUUUGUAUUUCGUGUGCGAUGCUUUCCAGGAACAUUCGAAACAUCAGCGCCAUGCCGUGAAGUCUUACUGAAAGUGAGCGUUUUUACCAUCAUUUUUCAUCCAUCAUUCUAGGAUUAGCACUUGUAUGCUUCAAAAAGUACAUCCCUGGCAUAGGUAGAUGAUCCAUUGUAUAUUGAGUAAAUACUUUUCUGACCAAUUAAUUGAGUUUGGAUCAAGUCUUGUCAACAGCCAUAUGAUAUGAUGAGGUUGGUGGGAGAGUGGGCAGGAAUCACUGAUUUCGUGUCAUCUUUUGUUUUUAGAACAUGUCUUCUGGGGAAAUUAGAAUGCCAACAUCAUCUUUGUACAUCUUUUCCUGAAUGCACCACAGCGUCAUUUAUUUUGUGACUUCUUGAACCGAAGUCCAUCCUUCUAUUAUUUGAGCCGCUGAUCCUCACAACGGUUGCGGUUAGAUUCUCCAUUUUCAACACUGCUUAUUCUGGUGAGGGUCACGGUCGUUGGACCCCGUCCCAGCUGAUAUCGAGCGAAAGACUACACCCUGAACCGGUUGCCAGUCAGUGCCAGGGCACGUGUAGACCCCAUCGCUGAGUGGGAAUUCAACCCACGCUGCCUGCACCAAAGGCAGGCAAGUCUACCACAACACCAGGGGCGUCAAACUCAUUUUUGUCGCGGGCAAUAUCAUAGUUUUCUGCAGAGGGCUGUUAUGACUGUGAAACCAGAAAAGUCUGUAAUCUCAUGUUUACAUAUGAAAUUUAUGAACUAGUUUUGGAGUCAGAAUUCAAGGGUAGUGGAGUUUUCAACCAUUGUUCGUGUUUAACGAUAAUGCUUAUAAUAUAUCAAUGUUGUCAUUUAUGGUAUAUGACCAUUAGUAAUUUCAGUACAGAUGGAAGUUGACAUGAUUUACCUUCGCGGGCCAGAUCUGGCCCCUUGGUCUAGAGUUUGAAAUCUGUGCACUAUACUGUCAGUCACCUUGAGCAAAGACAUGUACACAUUUUGCAGUAGAAUUAUCUGACGGAACAUCAAACUGUCACAGAAAGUGCCAUAUACUAAUGAGCUCGUCCUAAUUACUUCAUAAAUGUACUUAGUGUGAAUUUUGGGCCUAAGUACAACAGCUGAUAAUUCUGUUGUAUUCAUGGUAACAGGUAACAUGUUCUGCCCGGAUGGAUGGGUGAAGUUGUUUGGCGUAAACUAAUCAUUUUCAUUCAAAUGAUAUGAAAAGUAGUAGGCUCACUUGCCAGUGUUUGGAAAUCACAAAUAUCGAAGAAAAAUGCUGUUCAUGUAUGUAAAAGCAAGGCAACAAUACAAAUGUAUGCUUUUAGUGGUUUCGAUGAGCAGGGAAAACCGCCAGAGGGCGCUGCUGCCCCACUUACGAUUGUUAACCUAUUUGGUAUAUAAAACUAAUGCUAGGUUGUAAUAAAUGGCAGGUGUUUAUUGAGCUCCUUUAAUGAGUUUAAAUAUAACAAAACCACUGCAUUAAUUGUAAUUAUCCAUGUAACUUAAUUCUGUUUUACCUCGUGUUUUUUUUGUCCAUUUCCUUCAUGAUAGAUCCACUUUUGAUUGCUUAUAUUUAGUAUUACAUGUAAAAAGAUUUUACAGUGAUUGAUGAGGCUGGCUGUGUUGCU